AUGUGCCCAUCCCCCGCGGCUGCUUCGCUGCGCCGCGUCCCGCACGUACGCCAGAGCUUCUCCUGGGACUGCGGCUUCGCCUGCACCGAGAUGGCGCUGCGCGCGCUCGGCGUGCCCGCGCGCGAGUGCCACGUGUCGCAGCUGCGGAAGCGGGUGCCGUCCUCGUCCAUCUGGACGGUUGACCUAGCCUUCAUCCUGCGCGAGUUCGGGCUGCGCUUCCGAUUCCUCACCGCCACGCUCGGUGUCGACCCCUCCUACUCCGCCGAGGCGUUCUACCGGCCCACGCUCGAGCGCGACGCCGAACGCGUCAACACGCUCUUUGGCCGCGCGGGCGCUGCCGACAUCGCGAUCGAGCAGCGGUCGAUCUCGCCGUCCGAGCUGCGCGUGCUCUGCGGCGGCGCGCACACGUGCGGCGGCAACCUCAUCAUCGGCCUCGAGCGGGCCCUCGUGCCCGCGGAGGACCUCGACGCGGCGCGCAGGUCGCACGGCACCGACGAGGACCUGCUCAUCAUCCCGUGGGACCAGCCCUGCCUGGUCACGCCGCCGCCGCCGCCGGGAGAGGCGGCCGAGGAGGCGGCGGGUGAGAGAGUGGCCGAGUGA